GAAAUCAGCCCCGAAACCUGGGAAAUCGACCAGAGCCUGCAGUUCCCAGGGCUUGAGACGGACUGGGGAAGAAAAGGAGAAAUUAAUCACACAGUGCAUCUGUUCCUUUGACCACACUGGAAGAUGUCAUCUCAAACAAAGUUCAAGAAAGACAAAGAGAUCAUCGCCGAAUAUGAAGCCCAAAUAAAAGAGAUCCGCACUCAGCUGGUAGAGCAGCUCAAAUGCCUGGAGCAGCAGUCCGAGUCACGCCUGCAGCUGCUUCAGGACCUCCAGGAGUUCUUCCGCAGGAAGGCCGAGAUCGAGCUUGAGUACUCCCGCAGCCUGGAGAAGCUGGCCGAGCGGUUCUCCUCCAAAAUCCGCAGCUCCCGGGAGCACCAGUUCAAGAAGGACCAAUAUCUCCUGUCACCAGUGAACUGUUGGUAUCUGGUCCUCCAUCAGACCCGGCGGGAGAGCCGAGACCAUGCCACCCUCAACGACAUCUUCAUGAACAAUGUGAUUGUCCGCCUCUCCCAGAUCAGUGAGGAUGUCAUCAGACUCUUCAAAAAGAGCAAGGAGAUUGGCCUGCAGAUGCAUGAGGAGCUCCUGAAGGUGACCAACGAGCUGUACACAGUCAUGAAGACCUACCACAUGUACCACACGGAGAGCAUCAGUGCAGAAAGCAAGCUGAAGGAGGCGGAGAAGCAGGAGGAGAAGCAGUUCAACAAGUCCGGCGAGCUCAGCAUGAACCUGCUGCGGCACGAGGAGCGGCCCCAGCGGCGCAGCUCCGUGAAGAAGAUCGAGAAGAUGAAGGAGAAGAGGCAGGCAAAGUAUUCGGAGAACAAGCUAAAAUGCACCAAGGCCCGAAAUGACUACCUGCUCAACCUGGCAGCCACUAACGCAGCCAUCAGCAAAUACUACAUCCACGACGUCUCGGAUCUCAUCGAUUGCUGCGAUCUGGGGUUUCACGCCAGCCUGGCCCGCACCUUCCGGACCUACCUCUCUGCCGAGUACAACCUGGAAACCUCUCGCCACGAAGGACUGGAUGUCAUUGAGAAUGCAGUGGACAACCUGGACUCCCGCAGUGACAAGCACACGGUCAUGGACAUGUGCAACCAGGUCUUCUGUCCUCCACUCAAGUUUGAAUUCCAGCCCCAUAUGGGGGAUGAGGUAUGCCAGGUGAGUGCCCAGCAGCCAGUCCAGACAGAACUGCUCAUGCGGUACCACCAGCUGCAGUCCAGGCUGGCCACACUCAAGAUCGAGAAUGAGGAGGUUAGAAAAACCCUGGACGCCACCAUGCAGACCUUGCAGGACAUGCUGACGGUGGAGGACUUUGAUGUCUCAGAUGCCUUCCAACACAGCCGGUCCACAGAGUCUGUGAAGUCAGCCGCCUCGGAGACCUACAUGAGUAAGAUCAACAUCGCCAAGAGGCGAGCCAACCAGCAGGAGACAGAGACGUUUUAUUUCACAAAAUUUAAAGAGUAUGUGAAUGGCAGUAAUCUCAUCACCAAGCUCCAGGCCAAGCAUGACCUACUCAAGCAGACGCUGGGCGAAGGGGAAAGAGCAGAAUGUGGCACCACCAGCAGACGAGACGGAAGGCUUAGGCUGCCCCACUUCCCUUGGCUGAGCUGUCCCCCUGCUCCCCACUUCCUGCCCCACCCAGCACUUCAAGGAAGAAGAAAUGCUCGAACCAGGAACCAGGAUUCUGGACAAGCUAUACCACUUGUUGUUGAGAGCUGCAUCCGAUACAUCAAUUUAUACGGACUUCAGCAGCAGGGGAUCUUCAGAGUGCCAGGAUCUCAGGUGGAAGUCAAUGACAUCAAAAACUCCUUUGAGAGAGGUGAAGACCCACUUGUGGAUGAUCAAAAUGAGCGAGAUAUCAAUUCUGUCGCUGGUGUUUUAAAACUGUAUUUCCGAGGACUGGAAAACCCACUCUUUCCUAAGGAAAGGUUUCAAGAUUUGAUAUCUACUAUUAAACUUGAGAAUCCAGCCGAGAGGGUGCAUCAGAUCCAGCAAAUCCUCAUCACCCUGCCACGCGUGGUCAUUGUGGUCAUGAGAUACCUCUUUGCAUUCCUCAACCACCUCUCCCAGUAUAGUGACGAGAACAUGAUGGAUCCCUACAACCUGGCCAUCUGCUUUGGGCCCACGCUCAUGCACAUCCCCGACGGGCAGGACCCUGUGUCCUGCCAGGCACACGUCAAUGAAGUCAUCAAAACCAUCAUCAUCCAUCACGAAGCCAUCUUCCCCAGCCCCCGGGAGCUUGAGGGACCUGUGUAUGAAAAGUGCAUGGCUGGAGGGGAGGAGUACUGUGACAGCCCACACAGCGAGCCAGGGACCAUUGAUGAAGUUGACCAUGACAAUGGCACGGAGCCUCACACUAGUGAUGAAGAAGUGGAGCAGAUCGAAGCCAUUGCCAAGUUUGAUUACGUGGGGCGGUCCCCACGUGAGCUGUCCUUCAAGAAGGGAGCCUCGCUGCUCCUGUACCACCGCGCCUCGGAGGACUGGUGGGAGGGCCGGCACAACGGCGUGGACGGACUCAUCCCUCAUCAGUACAUAGUUGUACAGGACAUGGACGAUGCCUUUUCUGACAGCUUGAGCCAAAAGGCUGACAGCGAGGCCAGCAGUGGGCCACUGCUGGACGACAAGGCCUCCUCCAAGAACGACCUCCAGUCCCCCACGGAGCACAUCUCAGACUACGGCUUUGGGGGGGUGAUGGGCCGAGUGCGAUUACGAUCAGAUGGAGCGGCCAUCCCCAGGCGACGAAGCGGGGGCGACACACACAGUCCACCCCGAGGCCUGGGCCCCAGCAUAGACACGCCACCCCGGGCUGCUGCCUGCCCCAGCAGCCCCCACAAAAUCCCCCUCAGCCGAGGGCGGAUGGAGAGCCCUGAGAAGAGGAGGAUGGCAACGUUUGGGAGCGCUGGCAGCAUCAACUACCCCGACAAGAAGGCUCUCUCAGAAGGGCACUCCAUGCGAUCGACCUGCGGUUCCACCCGGCACAGCAGUCUGGGGGACCACAAGUCCCUGGAGGCUGAGGCCCUUGCAGAAGACAUUGAGAAGACCAUGAGCACAGCUCUGCAUGAGUUGCGGGAACUUGAGAGGCAGAACACAGUGAAGCAGGCACCGGAUGUGGUGCUGGACACCCUGGAGCCCCUGAAGAACCCAGCAGGCCCCGUCAGCUCGGAGCCUGCCAGCCCUCUGCACACCAUUGUCAUCCGAGACCCCGACGCUGCCAUGCGCCGCAGCAGCAGCUCCUCCACCGAGAUGAUGACCACUUUCAAGCCUGCCCUAUCUGCCCGCCUGGCCAGCGCCCAGCUGCGCCCUCCCCCCAUGCGGCCAGUGAGGCCAGUGGUCCAGCAUCGGUCCAGCAGCAGCAGCAGCUCAGGCGUGGGCAGCCCCGCUGUGACGCCCACCGAGAAGAUGUUCCCCAACAGUGCCACGGACAAGUCGGGCACCAUGUGACCUGGUGGGGGAGCAGCAGUGCCCUCGCUUACUGUGGUACACCACGGCUUAGGGCAGCUUUGGUGGCUGUCGCUGGCUUCCCAGCGAUCCUGGCCUUGGAGGGCAGAGCCGGAGAUGUCAGCCUGAUAGAGCACAUAUCAGUGGAGGGCAGAGGCCCAGGCGUCAGCUGCAGCUCACAGUCAGCCAUGUGAAUCCACAGACCUCCUGUGUGCAGACAGACACCCCAAGGAGUACUAGGGCAAGAGCACCCCAAGUACAGCUCCCCAGCUUGAGGUGGAUGCUAGAGGGUGUCUUGGCGUGCCGUCCGUCACUGGAAGUGUAGUCUCUCGAUAGUCACUCUACAUACGUGUAUAUGUGUGUGUAUAUACGUGUGCAUAUAUAUGCAUAUAUACGUAUGCAUGUGUCUGUAAGUGUGUGUGUGUAUAUAUAUAUUUAUGCAUCUAUAUACAUAUACCAGAUCUGGACAUACACACAUGCUAAAUGUAUAUAGUAUUUCCUUUUUCUUUUUAUGAAACUUAGAUUUACCUCAGACCCAUGCCACCAAACAUGCCCCGCUGAGUUAUUUGGUGGGAUUUGCAGGGACUUCUCUGGGAGGACUUAGAGGCCCCACCGUAACUGCUAAUGAAGCAAUAUACCACUAACCUGCAGAAACACAGUCUCCCACCGUCUCCACAAGUCGUGGCCUUCCAGAACAGUCUGCCCCUCCUGGAAGAGUGGGGCAGGCAGCACCCUAAGCAGGCUGCUCCCAGAAGUGGGGAACCCUCCACAGAAAACCCUUGGUUUACCCAGAGAACUCGCCCCACCACCCAGACUCCAAGGGCCAACUGCACCCCGAAGGCACGGGAAGAGGUUGGGGAGAAGAGCCCUAACCACCGUGCCCUCGUUUUCCCGUAGAACAGGAAGAACCUGAGCCCCAUCAGAGCACAGUGGUCGGGAAAAAGAAGGGAAGAAGAAAAGCAAAAUACCGUGGCGUGGAAUACUUCCAACCCUAGAAAUGCCGUAGGAAUAAAUCUGUGGUAACUGUAGAGGUUUAACUUAUAUCACCUUCAAAAUACUUAAUUUUUCUUUACCUUGUUCUACUAAUUAUACUGUGUCAGACUUGGAACUAAACAGGCAAGGAGGCUUUGAGUUGCAUUGUUUUCAUUUGAAACCGAGCAUGAUGCCCUUUGGCCCUUGCCCUUCUGCAUGUAGCUCCUGAGCCCUAAGUACCCAGCUGGGACCCGAUGCCGCGGAGGGGUGACCCUGGGCCUCUCUGUGCCAGAGAAGGCCGCUGGCUGAGUUUCCACGGUGCGGAAGCUUCCUGCCCUCCCUCCCCUCCGUUUCAUCCACUUGCUUUGGAGCAUUGACUGUAGAUGAAAACACAGUGAUAGACACAGAGGCAUGAUCUUCGAGUAAAAUGAGCGAGAUUUUUGCCUCUUGGCUGUGAGAGGGCCUGCCAAGUUGCUCUCAUUUGAUUCCAUUGUACCUCCUUUUCUGAUCUCUCUCUUUUUUGGAGAAUGGGACCCAGAUAAAUCUGAGCCUACUGGGACCGCUUUCAUUUAGCUUCUCCUACGGAGCCUAGAUCUCUUCCCUGUCAUUCUCAGCACCUCCUCCUCCGCACCUCGGGACCUCUGAGGUGUGGAGUCCCAAGUCCCAGCCCCGUUCACCCAGGAGCUGUGUGACUUUGGGUGACUCCCUACACCUCAUGGAGCCUCACUUUUCUUUCCCAUUAAAUGAACCUAACAAAGAUUAGAUGGAAGCAAGCCAGCUGGGUAGCGUGGAAAGCCUUGUGCCACCUUGAUCGCAGUGCUAUCAUUAGGAAGGUGAGUCUUUCAGCUCUGGAACCGUCUAGACCUUCUUGUGAGCAAUGAGCCAUGGAAUCUUCCUACCAAUUUGCUCAAAGGGCCAAGUCCAGCCCCGCAGGUGCUUGACAUGCCCUCCAUGUGGUUAGGGUUUACCCUCUCCUCUAGUCCACUGGAAGGUAAACACACCUGAGGGAGACGCCUCAUGAGCCUUGGUGCCUGGGUGUGGGAGUGGAAAGCCAUCCUCCUCCACUGGAGAGCUGGCACUGGGCACACACAGUGGAGGGAGGGCUCAGGGGAGGGCACAGAUGAGGGUGCCAGGGAGAGCCUAAGGAUGGACAUGACCCCUUUGCUUUGCUUUGACCUCCUGGACCUGAAAGGCCCUCUGCCUGUGAGCACAGAAAGGUGUCCCCAUGUCCAGAGAGAAGGCCUGGAGCCUACCCACAGUGGACAGGUGGCUGAGAGGCUGGGCUGUGCUCUCCAGCCAGACACAGGCUUCUGGUUUCCACCCUAGAGAUACACCCAGGCUUGGAGUCCAGUCAUCCCCUAGGUGACAUUCUGCCAUAGAUAAUCAGAAGAAAAGUCAAAAUCUGAGUAGACAAAUGUGUUUCAUGACAUGCAUAACGAUAGGUCAGCUGUGCGGACCUUUUUCUGACUUGACUGAUUUUGGUUUUCCUCUCUGACAGUGGACCUUGUUUUCCAGAAAUACCUGAGAGCAGAGCCUUAGAUCUUUUCUCUAGGCACCUAUUUUCUUUCCAUUGGGAAUGGCUGAUGAGUCCACACUGCAGGGCGUGUGCUCACCGACCGCAGACAUCUCCCCACGGUCCAGCUCCCAGCCCAAGAAAAUUGAGAAUCAAGAAUCGGAGCCUUGGGGCGAGCAGUGGAAAGCUGCUCUCCCCUGCAGGGUGCUCUGCAUGUCUCCACCCAUCACGAUCACCACCCCACCACACCCACAGAGCGUUGGCAGUCUCUUCCGGGUUCCUGCCUGUUUUAGUCCACUCUAUAGUGCUGUAUUUGCUUAAAUGCUGGAAAGUGUUAAAAUGUGAAAGUGUAAUAUUUUAAAGGCUACGAUUAAAUUAUAGCCACUUACCAGAUCUUUGCACCUAGUAGAUAGAUCAAUGUAAAAACAAAUACCAGAAACCUAACUGUACAGUGAGUGUGGGAGAAAUGUAGUAACCUAGUUAGUAGUCCUAAAUAUAAGCAAUUGUACAAGAGGAAGUGUUUACUACUUGUUCAUCAACAUUAUUGAAAGCUGUACUGAUCAGCUAGUUGAUUACAGGCAUUUUUGUGUGGGGGCUUCACACAAUGAUUUCUUAACCUUCAAUUUAUCCCCAGGUCAAGCCUUUGUCUUUCUGUAUAACCGAUGUUCAGUCUGUCUUAGGAAUGAACCAGCAAGAUGUUCAUUUAAAAUUGACCAAAGACGAUUAAUUCCUGGUCUAGUUUCCUGGGCCUCGUGGCCAGCUGCCACUACAGACCUUUCUGAAAUAAAAUUGAGGACAAGCUGUGCUUCCACCCCGCCCGCCCGGCCCUUCCCCACUUCUCUUUCCUCUUACAGUGCUGCUCUGAACUGUGGGAUUCUAUGAAAAAUUCUUGCCUUUCCUUGUUUUCAGUGCUAACGAUUUCUCACCUUGAAGCGCCUUUUGAACCCUGGGCAGAGCACACAAUCUGAGGGAAUUGUGGGCUUGGGAAUUAGACUCGGGAGUCUUUUCUCUGAAGUCAUCAGGGGCCAGGAGAGACACGGACUCCCAAGGGACGGAAGGUUCCUACUGGUGAAGACCUUGGAUUGGGAAGAGACACAGGGAAACGUAGCCAUGCUUCGGCUACUGGCUGGAACCAGCAGUUCAGAGAUCUGCCUUACAAACACUUCAAACUGGCUUCGGUACCCAAAAAGGGAGCUGGUGUGGGGCCAGACUCCCUGCCCCCCUGGCCUCCUUGGAGUGCCUGUGUGGGUAUCUCUCUCAUUCAGGAGCCUGGACGCGUGCAGAGGACUUCUCGUGACCUGGUCACCCACACGGAGACCACCAGGACUAACACUAAAGUCCUCUUCUCAGUCUCUCUGCCCCUCACGUUUCAUAUCAGAUGGUUCCACGUAAAGCGAAGGCCUCCUUCUCCUGAGGAGCCCAGUGAGAGCCUGCUUGCAGCCAUGGUGCUGGCCCCCAGGAAGGGAGGGGGAAAAGCGGAGGGGAGGGGAGGGAAGGCAAGGCAGAAAGGGACCAGUGGGUGUCGCCUGGCUGAUUUCUGCUGUGCAGAGCGAAUGUGACACUUCAUGUCAACUUUCCCCAGCUCUCUGGGGCCUCCUGUCUUCUGAACAGCCAUGUAGAGAAUUCCCCACACAUCCAAAGCUGCCCGGGGAACCGAGAAAGGGACUUUAGCUGUCCCCUCCGAGGUGGACCUGCCGGGGUCCCACCGUCCCGUCCUCUGGGAUGGCCCAGCGUUGCCCCUAGCUGACACCUCCUGUCUGCGAACUGUCCCAGGCAAAUAACAAAGCUGUUCCUUAAACCCGAACAAGCCGAGUGCACUUUCCCUUCCUUAGACAGAAGCCGACCCUGGCGGAGUUCUGCUCAGGCUCACGUUCCCGGCAGAGUGGCCGUUUACAUGGUUGGCAGUGGGUUUGGUUCUGAUUGCUUCAGAGUGGCUGCUAUAUUUUGUUUCCUUAGGUUUUCUUCCUCCCCAAAUUGUGACAGGAAAAACAAACUGAAACCACCCUAGGAAACUGCUGGUUGCCUGUCCCCACGUGAUAAGUGUCACCUCGUCUGGUAUUGUCCCUCUUCCUCCCGACCAAACACCGCCACCCGCCCGUCCCCCUGUAGAGUGUCUGAUCCCAUCCUCUGUUGCGUAUUCUGAUGGUGCCUGCUGGUUUGAUGUGGAGCUAUCCUGUGAAAUAAAACAGCUUAACUUUUCUCAAA